AUGGGUAUUCGCUCCAAAGAUAAAAGAGACAUUUACUACAGAUUAGCCAAAGAGCAAGGCUGGAGAGCUCGAUCAGCAUUCAAGCUAUUGCAAAUUGACGAGCGAUUUGAUCUGUUCAAAGAUGUCACAAAAGUUGUCGAUCUUUGCGCAGCACCAGGGAGCUGGUCACAGGUCCUUUCCAAAAAGUUGAAAGAAAAGGAAGAUGCAAAGAUAGUUUCCGUAGACUUACAGCCGAUGGCACCGAUAGAUAAUGUUAUUUGCCUGCAAGGUGAUAUAACUUCCCAGAAGACUUCUGACGAAAUAAUUUCGCAUUUCGACGGAGGAAAUGCAGACCUAGUUGUUUGUGACGGAGCGCCCGAUGUAACUGGUCUUCACGACUUGGAUGAAUACAUUCAAUCGCAGCUCCUCCUCGCCGCCUUCAACAUCUCGACAUUUGUGAUGAGACCGGGUGGCACCUUCGUCUCCAAAAUUUUCCGCGGGAGAGAUUCCGACUUGAUAUUCCACCAGUUCCAAAUGUUCUUCAAAAAAGUAUACCUUGCUAAACCAAGAAGUUCCAGAGCAUCGUCGAUAGAGGCGUUUGUUGUUGCAAUAGACUACUGCCCACCAGAAGGGUUUGUCCCUAGUCUUCGGAAUCCACUUAUGAAAGAUGUUGAUUACGAAGAAACCGCAUAUGAAAGAGAUCAACGAAGAAAAGAUCCAGCAAACAGACAUUUUGUUCCUUUUGUUGUUUGUGGCGACCUGGAUGGAUGGAGUUCUGACGUUUCAUACAAUCUCCCGGAAGGAUACGUGUCUCUCAAACCUGUUCAGCCCCCGACAGAGCCAGCGUACAAAGAAGUGUUGGAAAUGAAGAAAGAAAAGAAUACGGACACUUUGAGCGAGAUGAUGGAAAAGGGCUGUCGCAUGGAAGACUGA